AUAGCGACCAGUAUGAAAAAUUGUUUGCUCAAAGUUUCUACCAUCUUCUAAGUGGAAAAGAGCUGGAAUUUUUUUUUUAAAGUGAUGAUAUUUCUGCAAACAUCAGCAGUUGUUUUGUACCAGGGGAAAGAAAAACGGCAAGAAGCCGCCGAGAGUCUUGAAGGUUUCUGCUGGUUUAUCUGCCUGGACGAAGCGGUUUUAUUGAAAGUUUUUUCAUAUUUACGUCUUGGUGAGUUGUUGCAAGUCUCGCGCGUUUGUAAGCAAUGGAAUCGCGUAGCAAAGGACCUGCAACUUUGGAAAACGGUGGAUUUGAGUGUAAUGACUGCCUACUUCAAGGGCGAGGACAGAGUGGAGGCGUUUCUUAAAAAGAACCCUGUUUCUAGACUUAGAGAACUUAACCUUAGCGGGCUUAGGAUAACCUCGAACGUUUUCAAGGUGAUUGCAGCACACUGCCCACGCCUGAGAAAAUUAGUCCUGAAGUCAACUGAACUAAGAGUAAGUCCAGAUUCCGAGAUCAGUCCCACUAGCAAUAAACUCGUGUUUCCAUGUGGUCUUUAUUGUUUGGACUUACGUUAUUCAAACGGUGAUCAAGAACUGUUUCUAUCUAUGGCGUCGUGUAUAAGGACUAUUCGUUGGCUUGGAAUAUGUGACGCUUUUAUUUACGCGCUUUUCAAAAAUGGUAAACUCGAGAGCACAUUCCAGAGACUUGAGAACCUCAGAAGUCUGGACACUAGUCAAUGCUUAUUGGUCAAGGACAAUUUCCUGUCAAUCAUAGCAUCGUGUCGAGGCUUGGAAGUUCUGAGCAUGCGCAAAUGCAUCUCUGUCAGGGGGACUGCUCUAGAGGCGUUGCUUAGUAACUGUCAGCGGCUGAAAGCCUUGAUACUGGAUGGGACCAGUCUUGAUGAUGUGACAAUGACGUCAAUAUCUUGGGAAAUCUCCUCAAAUCUCGAGUAUCUCGAAUUAGGAUGGUGCUCUCUCAUUAGCCCUAAAGGACUGAGAAUAAUUCUCCCCCAGCUAGCGCGAAUCGACGCGCUGGAAUACUUAGGCUUUCAGUCAAUUGGAAACGGCAAAGGAAGCGGAGACAAAAUCAUUCAGGAAUUUGGUGCGCUUUACUUAGAUGGAGGCUUUAAAAACGUCGAGACAUUAAACGGCGGUUCAUCAAGGCGAUUUACAAAGUCCGCCAUAUGCGGCUUCGCGGCAAAAUGUCCAAACAUUGAACUAAAGCUUGAAUCAAACUGCGCUGUGGUUGACAGGCAUAGAUAUUCGAUAUCCUCGAGUGUACGUGACGACAACAACAAGCGAGGGCAAGGGCUCUGCCGCCAGGACUCCAUCAUUGAAGACCAGCACUACCUCGAGACUCCUGUUUAA